AUGCUAGCAGGUAAUGGUAUUCUAAACUCUCUCUUAAUUUCUUUGGGGUACUCUCAAUCACAAGCUGAUUACUCCCUGUAUGUAAAAUCUGAUCACCAUAGUUUUAUUGCACUAUUAGUUUAUGUAGAUUAUAUAGUGUUGGCAGGGAAUUCUAUGCAAGUAAUAAAGCUUGUCAAGCAACUCCUGGAUGAAACCUUUAGAAUAAAGGACCUUGGUAAGUUGAGAUUUUUUCUAGGUUUUGAUAUUGCCAGGUCUGCUACAGGCAUCUUCAUGAAUCAAAGGAAAUAUACCCUGGAACUUCUUGAAAACACAGACUUUCUUGCAACCAAGCCCUCAUAUGUUCCCUUUGGUCCCACAUUCAAGCUUUCCCUCACUGAUGGCAAGCCUUUUGAAGAUCCUUCAGCAUACAGGAGACUUAUUGGCAGGUUGAUUUACCUAACUAAUACUAGGCCUGACAUAUCUUAUGAUGUGCAACAUCUAAGUCAAUUUGUGUCCAACCUAUUAGUACAUCACUAUCAGGUUGCUAUAAGGAUCCUAAGGUACUUGAAAUCCUUUUCUGUCAGAGGUAUCUUACUUUCAUCCACCCGUUCUUUGAAACUUUAUGGAUUUACUGAUUCUGACUGGGCAAGAUGCCCUGAUACAAGGAAAUCGACUACUGAAUAUUGUGUGAUCCUUGGAUCAUCUCUUUUAUGCUGGAAGUCAAAGAAAUAG